CCAGUCGUAUACAGCACGAGCUAUCAAACGCGCGCGUGUUCCAACAACUUUAUAUUUGCGGUCAAAUAAAAGUUUGUUACUGAAAAAUAUAGUGACAUUACACUUUCGCGAGUGCAAACGUUACUUUGCAUAAUUUAAAAUUGGAUUGAAUUUAUUUUUGUUUUUAAAAUUAAGACUAAGAUCACUUUUCUAUUAAGUAAACAGAAACGCACAAUAAGACGACAGAUAAAUAUUGAAACAAAUUAUUUACUCAGAUAAAACUAUCAUUAGUUUAUGGCAUCAGUAUUAAACUGGAAAUCGUACGAGACAGACGUGUAAAAAGACGUAGUUAUAACAAAUAAAGUGUGAUUAAAAGAGAAAAAAGAGUGUAGUACAGUGAAAAGGUGUUAACUACAGUGAAAUUCAUAGUGAUGUGACAACACCAUGGAUCCUCAAGAAUUAGUCCCUUUAGAAGCGGGUGUUCUGCGAGCCCCGCAGCGUACGCGGCGCCGCGUCACCCCGCGGCCCAGCUGCCAGGGCCCGGUCAGGCUGUGUCGACUGCUCGCGCUCGUCAUCCUACUGCCCAGUCUGUUUAUACUCAUACCACUCUACCUGAGAUACAGGGUGUACUCCAGUCAAAUGUACCCGAUGAGUAUGACAGAUAUGCGGCUGAUAGACAGCAAGAUAUCGCCCACUUGGUGCCAGCGCCAAGUGGUCCGCUCGAACGCGACAUUCAACGCGUUCGUGGUCCCGUCCCAGCCCAGCUUGACGGACCAGCUGGUCCCCGUCUCCAUGACGCGCCAGUUGGAGCUAGAGGACGACAUGAAGGAGUACUGGGGGUUCUAUCUGCUGCGGGGCUCCGCUGUCACCGUGUCUGCUUGUGUCAGGUGGCCAGGAGCGUCCCUCAUCAUGAUCAAAGGCUACAAGCACCUCCAGAACUGCGCAUACAUAGGCGACGACUCCUCUGAGGAGCUAGAUGAGCUGCUGGACGCCCACGCACUAGGACUGCUGUCCAACGACACCCUGCUGGAGAAGAUACGCGAGCUGAAGAAGGUGGACGGGAAGGCUAAUGAUCCAGAAACCAUGAAGCGUCACAAAGCCGGAGUCAAAUUCCACGAUCCGAGCAUCAAAGCCAACGCCACGUCGCCUGACCCUGUCCCGGCUGCUGACGUCACCGACCAUGAUCCACAGGAACUCAAGCAGAUCCUGGAACAUCUCCACGCCCUGCGCCAAGCUCAGAAGGACGAGUCAUUGAAGUACUACCAGCCGCCGUCACAUCUCAUGUCUCUGCCCGCCCUGCAUCGGCACAGGGACACUAACGUCGACCGCGACGAAAGGAGGUGGCUGUCUUUUAAAGAUAUCGACGGUAACAGCGAACAGAACAACAAUAAAAGGAAGAACAAUACACAAAAAAUAAAUGUAAAAACAUAUAAUAGUGAAAAGGAAAUCAACGAUAUAAACAGAAGACCUAAAAUCCCAGUAACAGAUAAUAACAGUAACAACAUUUUAAUAGUCAACAAACAAUUACAAAAUAUGACGAUUGAAGAUGUAAAAGAAAACAGGAAAGAAAACGCUGGGAUUAAAACAGAUGAGAAAAGUGUGAAUCUAGAAAUUGUGGCACCUAAAACGGAAGACGGAAAUAAAAAAUCAGAGAUUGUCGAGUCUAAAAGGAACGAAACAAAUGACAACCAAGAUAUACUGCCCAAAGCAGACGAAAGACUUGAAAAUUCGGAUAUUCUACUGCCUAAAGUGCACGUAAGAAAUGAAGCUUCAGAUAUUGGACUGCUUAAGACGGAUGACAAAAAUGGGACUCCAGAUAUUGUAGUGGCUAAAACUGAAGAUACAAAUGAUAAUUCCAAAGUUGUUGUGACUGAAACAAACUAUACACCUGCAGGCAUUGCUGGUGAAGUGAUAGAUAAUGGAAAUGAGGCAAGCCAAUCAGGCGACGCUACUUCUAAAGAAGUAUUCGAAGACGUCCUACAAAAGCUGCAAGCUCUGGGAGACAGAGGCAAGCGAGUGCUGGUGAGGCUGCAUGAGACCAUGGGGGUCAAAUACCAGGAGACGAAGUCUCACGAACGCAUAAUGUCAGCAGUGCGCGGCAGCGACGAGGAGCUGGACAGACUGCGACAGGUGCUGGUGGAAGCCAUCGACGAGGAGAAAUCGAGGACAACGAGACAGCAAAAACGCAAAGAUGCUCGGAACGAAGCUCGCGCCAAAAGAGAGCUGUUCCUAGGUCAGGCUGACCUUGAGAAGGAGCUCAACGAAGAUGACGAGCCCAGGAACUACGCUGCUGAAGAGGAUCUAGAACCUGACGGCUUCGCGGAGCACCACGUUCACCUCAACGAGACAACAGCAUUCGACAUGAGCAACUCUGAGUUUUGGUCAUCCUUCUCCAGCAGCGAGGAGGCGCUACUGGAGUGUGAGGGGCUCAUCCUCAACCUGCCCCUGACGCCACAUUCAUCAUGUCACAAAGAAGCAACUGAUGGGGAUACUAUUGCUGCUGCUAGGGCUAACGCCUUGACUUACAGGGUACCAGCAAACGGCUACUACUUCUUCGUGUUCAACUCAGAGAACGAAGUGCAGAAGAACUACAUCCGCGCGAGGUUCGACCUUCAGAAGACCAGAUAUGAUGUAGCACGGACCACGCUGAGGGAAUGCACCAACAGCACAGAUAGAUGUGACCUCACACUGGAUAUCUUCUCUAGCCAGAAGGUGGUACUAGAGGUGCCUCUGCGCAACAAUGACUCGUUAUGGAACGAACAGUUCGUGAUCAUCAGCGAAUGCGAACCCAGGACCUCCAUAUACUUGUUCUGCGUCAUCUCCGUACCUAUACUCAUACUGAUCUUCGCCUUCCAAUGAUCGGCCUCCCCAUUUGACCGGUCAGGUAGUGAAAACCCAGGCUGGUUUUUAUUGCUUCUCUUUUUUGUUAUGAUAAAACACAAUUGGCCACUAGUUCGUAUAGAGUUGUACGAAGUGAUUCGAUAGGUGAGUCAUUUAUACUUACAUCUUUAGGUGUUGAUAAACUUGGGCAUUCACUUGUAAUGAGCAUUUGUGCGAAUGUUACAAUACGAGAAAAAUACGAAAACAUUUUAGCGAGCAUUCUAUCGAGCGUUCGUGCUCAUGAAAACGUUCAUAGCAAUGUUUGACUCUAUGCUUGGCUCGGCACGUUGUUCAGUUCAACAAAUAUAAAAACUGCGAAUGCUCGAUGUUCUGUUACAAGUGAAUGCUCAAAAGUCUAUCAGCACCUUUUAGUAUAUAAUAGAAAAAUAAUAUAGAUAGAAUAUAGAUAGGAUUUUUCUUUUAUAAAAUUGUAUAAUUAUGAUCGACCCGAGUUUUUAUUCUUAAUUACUUCAUAUACAUUGUUUUAAGUUUGCGCGGUUAUUAUCAUCAUUAAAACACAUAAUAACGGGUUCUUACCGCGUUUAAAAUAGGGAUAUGGGACUGGGAGUCUUGUAUCUAAUAUAAUUACCUAUAAUUUUUUU